UUUCAUUGUAAAUACGCCGCGACGCCGGUCUUGACGGUUCUUGGCUUCGGAAUUUCUUUUUGGCGGGCAGAAUCUAUUCGACAGCAGAUUAAUAACUAUCUUUAGAAGCUUGUAAUCAAGAAAUAGACAAAUGGGUGAUAAAGACGGAGAAACUUUUGACGACGCUGUCGAGGAACGUGUGAUUAAUGAAGAAUAUAAAAUAUGGAAAAAGAAUACACCAUUUUUGUACGAUUUGGUGAUGACCCAUGCCCUUGAAUGGCCAUCAUUAACUGCACAAUGGUUACCUGAUGUUACAAGACCUGAAGGUAAAGAUUAUUCUGUACAUCGAUUAAUUCUUGGUACUCACACAUCGGACGAACAAAAUCAUCUUCUUAUUGCGAGUGUUCAAUUACCAAAUGAAGACGCUCAAUUUGACGCCUCACAUUAUGAUAAUGAAAAAGGUGAAUUUGGUGGUUUUGGAUCGGUUAGUGGUAAAAUUGAAAUUGAAAUUAAAAUAAAUCAUGAGGGUGAAGUUAAUAGAGCACGAUAUAUGCCACAAAAUCCAUGCGUCAUUGCAACUAAAACACCAUCAAGUGAUGUUCUUGUUUUUGAUUAUACAAAACAUCCCAGCAAACCCGAUCCAAAUGGCGAAUGUCAUCCUGAUCUUAGGUUGCGAGGACAUCAAAAAGAAGGCUAUGGACUCUCUUGGAAUCCAAAUCUUAAUGGUUACUUAUUGAGCGCAUCUGACGAUCAUACAAUUUGCUUAUGGGACAUUAAUGCAACUCCAAAAGAAAAUCGUGUUAUUGAUGCUAAAACUAUUUUUACCGGACACACGGCUGUUGUUGAGGAUGUUGCUUGGCAUCUUUUACACGAAUCUCUCUUUGGAUCGGUUGCUGAUGAUCAAAAAUUGAUGAUUUGGGACACAAGAUGCAACAAUGUUAGUAAACCAAGUCACACAGUUGAUGCGCACACAGCUGAAGUAAAUUGUUUGAGUUUCAAUCCAUAUUCAGAAUUUAUAUUGGCAACUGGAAGCGCUGAUAAAACAGUCGCAUUGUGGGAUUUGAGAAAUUUAAAAUUGAAAUUACAUUCAUUUGAAUCGCAUAAGGAUGAAAUUUUCCAAGUUCAAUGGUCGCCGCAUAAUGAAACCAUUUUGGCGAGCAGUGGCACCGAUAGACGUUUGCAUGUCUGGGAUCUUAGCAAGAUUGGCGAGGAACAAUCUAGCGAAGAUGCUGAGGACGGUCCACCUGAAUUACUCUUUAUUCAUGGAGGACAUACAGCGAAGAUCAGUGACUUCUCCUGGAAUCCAAACGAGCCAUGGGUCAUUUGCUCGGUCUCUGAGGAUAACAUAAUGCAGGUAUGGCAAAUGGCUGAGAAUAUUUACAAUGACGAAGAGCCAGAUACGCCAGCCAGUGAACUUGAACCCGGUGCUUGAUAGCUUUUUUCCGAGAGAGAAAAAUUCAUUUUCUGAAUGUUGAAUGCAAAAAGAAAAAGAAAAAAAAAGUGAGGUACCCUUUAAAAGAAACUCACUUUUUUUUUCUUUUCUUAUCACGUUCCCUAGCUAGAAUUUCAAUUAUUUCUUUUUGUUAAAAAAUUUACACAAGAAAAAAUUUUUUCUCUUUCAAUAAUGAUUUUUUUUAAUUUAUAUUUAAAAAUGUGUUGAGUUCUUUCUUUCUUGUUUGACAAUGUCUUGGCACGUAAAAAUUAUUUUAUGUGUGUGCCGUGUUGAUAAAUUAUUUACAAAAAAAAAAAAAAAAAACGGCCUCUAAAUUUUUUUUCUUCUAGUUUUUAUGAAAACGAAUUUUCUUUUUUUAAUCCACAGCCAAUAAAAAUUGUGAUUGUCGAGUAUAAAAAUAAAUGUCUUUUUAAAUGUUUUUUUUUUUUUUUUUUUUUUCUACUGUAGAUGUAUAAGCCACUGGUAUAGAAAUCAUUGAAUGAAAUUUGUAAAAUUUUCGACAUCGUCCGAAUAAAAUGUUUUUUUUUCCAUAAA